GCCCACACAUUCCGGUGUCACGUGACAGACACUAAAUGUAUUAUGUUCUGUAUGAGAGAAAUACUUCAGUGACAGUGUUCAACCACAGUCAAUGGCAGACAGGAGAACAAGCUCGACUCCGCCUUGAUGUAACGUCAGCAACGAUCCACGUUGGUUACUAUGGCACACAGUCGACCACGCCCCAACCAAGGAACGCCUCGCUCGACCUGCGUGGGUUGCCGGUGACCUAUUCUCGGAAUCACUCGUGACGUCAUGCAUCAGGACAGGUAACCUUCAGAAACGAAAGUAGACAAUUAUUCAACCGUGAACGCCCAGUGUUAUGUUCGUUAAGAUCUCAGACCCACUGCCUCUUUCCGAGCUUUUUAUCAUCAGGAUCUCAUUAAAACACUUCGCCAGUGCAUGUUAUUCUUGUAUGGAAUCAAAUGAAAGAUUCAUUAGUGUAUCGGGUUUCUAACACCGGUUGUACAAAGACAUGGUGUGACGUGACUGCCACGAGCCUACUGAGAAGGACAAGGUAGUAUCUCGGACCUGCUACACAGGGAAUCUACACAGUCAACAGUGUCUAAACUAACCCCCGAUCCACACGGCAGAAAUGUGAGUACAAAUUGUUGUACAACAAGUCCACUCAACCAUGUCAAAGAAGAAUGACGGAAAGCGACAAUGUCCUGACUGCAACAAGUGGUUUGUGGAUUUGAAUAACCACAAGAAAUGUGAUGGUAGGGGCCAAACAGCCAGCCAAAGGUCACCGGAUGACAAGCUUCAAUGUCCUGAUUGCAACAAGUGGUUUGUGGAUUUGAAUAACCACAAGAAAUGUGAUGGUAGAGGCCAAACAGCCAGCCAAAGGUCACCGGAUGACAAACAACAAUGUCCCGACUGCAACAAGUGGUUUGUGGAUUUGAAUAACCACAAGAAAUGUGAUGGUAGAGGCCAAAGAGCCAGCCAAAGGUCACCGGAUGACAAACAACAAUGUCCCGACUGCAACAAGUGGUUUGUGGAUUUGAAUAACCACAAGAAAUGUAAUGGUAGGGGCCAAACAGCCAGCCAAAGGUCACCGGAUGACAAACAACAAUGUCCUGAUUGCAACAAGUGGUUUGUGGAUUUGAAUAACCACAAGAAAUGUAAUGGUAGGGGCCAAACAGCCAGCCAAAGGUCACCGGAUGACAAACAACAAUGUCCCGACUGCAACAAGUGGUUUGUGGAUUUGAAUAACCACAAGAAAUGUGAUGGUAGAGGCCAAAGAGCCAGCCAAAGGUCACCGGAUGACAAACAACAAUGUCCCGACUGCAACAAGUGGUUUGUGGAUUUGAAUAACCACAAGAAAUGUGAUGGUAGGGGCCAAACAGCCAGCCAAAGGUCACCGGAUGGCAAACAACAAUGUCCCGAUUGCAACAAGUGGUUUGUGGAUUUGAAUAACCACAAGAAAUGUGAUGGUAGGGGCCAAAGAGCCAGCCAAAGGUCACCGGAUGGCAAACAACAAUGUCCUGAUUGCAACAAGUGGUUUGUGGAUUUGAAUAACCACAAGAAAUGUGAUGGUAGGGGCCAAAGAGCCAGCCAAAGGUCACCGGAUGACAAACAACAAUGUCCUGACUGCAACAAGUGGUUGGUGGAUUUGAAUAACCACAAGAAAUGUGAUGGUAGGGGCCAAACAGCCAGCCAAAGGUCACCGGACGACAAACAACAAUGUCCUGAUUGCAACAAGUGGUUUGUGGAUUUGAAUAACCACAAGAAAUGUGAUGGUAGAAGUCGCCCAAGAAUGUCUCCAUGUGUGAAUUCCACACCCCUAGGAUCCGGUAACCCAACAACCGGACAACAUAUUGCCCAUUCAAACGAGAUGGAUAGAGAUGUCGUGACAAAGAUGGAAGAGUUUGUUGGGCACAUGGUAAGUACUUGCAAACUGGAACAUUCAAGGAAUCCAAGGAGUGAUAUUUUGAAUUUCUUCAACGAUGAUGUGGCACUGAAACAAACUGAAAUCGUGGAUGUGGCACCAUAUUUUACAGAGUUGCAGAACGAUAUCUGUACCUUUCUCAAAUCGAAGACGCCUUGGACGUGGAAGGUGUUUAGGGGAGGUUCAUAUUACGACAAAACUAAGGUGUCUCGACCCAAUGAAAUGGAUUGUUUAUUCAUUCCGGAAGUUGAUUCACCUCUUCAGCCAGUGUAUAGGGACUGCUAUCCUGGCUACUGCAAGGUCAGAGUUGAAAAUACGUCUUCAGCUCUUAACAGUCUGUGCAAAGACAGCUUCCUCAACCCUGGGGAGUAUAGGCAGUAUUUCUUUGACCGGAUGGACGAAUUUGUGCGCGGAAGUCCCAGGUGUAAGAGGAACCUAAACCACCCAAACUCCCCAUCAUUCGGCAUCACCUACUUCGGCCCAAAAACCUACCAUGGCACCCUUGACAUCGACAUGGACAUCGUCCCAGCUAUCAACAUACCACAAUGGCCACCGUCUCCGACUGCUCGGGAUCUGAGCAAAUGUGAAAAUCUCAAGGACAUAUCCCAUCUCAUCAACCCUUCUGACAUCAAGGAAAAAGGAUUCAACAUUACAACAAAGUGCUGUCCAGCACACAAUCCACACAAUCUGCAGUGGCAGAUGUCGUUCUCCCUCGCUGAGCAGAAACUCACUUUGCACGGGAACAAAGACAGCUGGAAGCCUAUCCUCCGAACAAUAAAACGAGUGAUGGAGAUUGCCAAGGGCCAACAGGGCCUCAUGGACACAGUAAAAUCAGAGAUGAUCCAGCAAGUCGCCGAACACACCAAACAACAUUACUUGAGGGAUGCCUCAUUUCGGUUAGGUUUCACAACUUACCACAUAAGGACGUUGAUGUGGACGUUGUUGUACGACCUCAGCGCCGGGUUCCAUGUGUGGAAGGAUGAAACUCAGGAACAUAGGUUACACUUCUGUCUGGGCAAGUUCAAGAAAAUGUUGACUGGCGAGAUGACGGUGCCCCAUUUCUUCUUGCCUAACGUCCGGGAUAUGAUGAGCACUGUGCGUUGGAAGGACAGAGAGUUCAUGUACAUUUUGGUCAGAUCCACGGAAAUCCUGUUUUCUAGAGUCACCGACCAAUAUUCGUAAACAUAACUGAGUGAGUGAGUUCAGUUUUACCCGACUUUUAGCAACAUUCCAGCAAUAUCGUGACUGGGGACACCAGAAAUGGGCUUCAGACAUUGUACCCAUGAAGGGACUCGAACCCGGGUGUUCGGCGCGUUCGGUGUUCGGCGCGACAAGCGAAUGCUUUAACCACUAGUCUACCACAAGGCCCCGUAAACAGAGCUGACAACUUGUCCUUUAAGUACUAGUUUAACAGACUCUCACCAAAGUGACAAUUGUUGCAAAAAUAUCAACACGUUCCAUUUGAGACAGGAAUUUGAUGAUCAAAUCAAAUUGAAAAGAUAUAUUACUGCCACAAAAUAUUACGUAUUUUCAUUGACUAAACAUUGUUUAUAUUCCACUCACUCACUCACUCAUGCACUCACUCACUCACUUACUCACGCACGCACACAUACACGAAAACACGCACGCACAUACAUACAUUUCACCAUAUAAAUCUCUGAUGCUUAGAUUAAAUAGAGUCAUGUAAGUUUGGGUAAAUUGGGUUCUUGACAAGUUGAAAAGAAAUUGCCCAGAACUCUAAAUCGUGAUGGAAAUAAAUGAAUGUUCGCCUUC